AUGCAUGAAGCAUCCAGUCAACAGCCUAUAAUGGAUCCAUACACGGACGACGAUCCCGAGUAUAGGGACACCCAGCUCAUAUCGCCCAUCCCUCCUCCAGGCUCCUCAUCACGUACCAGUGCUUACUCGUCAACAUCAACCAGGAAUCUAUCAUCGUCAACACCAUCAGGGGCAGUGCACCGUAAUAACGAUACUGUGACGCGUCAAAGUCCUUCUUAUGAUGCUGAAAAAAUCACAUAUCAUGCUCAGUCUCCUGAGCCGUCAGCAUCACAAACACCAACAUUUCGUGUGCUGAAGACACCAAUUCCUCAUGAGCAGACCUACGAAUGGUUGGAUGUGCCUGCUACUGCUACUGGAAAUGAUUGGAUGAAGAUGAAGGUUGAAAAGGCUGCUCCCCUCAAUUACGGCCAGUUCUCAAAUCAAGACAUUUUCGAAAUGCUCAUAGAGCUCAAAAACAAACUAGAUCCUCUACCACCGCCCUUCUUCAAACAAGCGAGAAUGCUCGCAAACCCAUACGAAGCUAUUGGCAGAUCUAUAUUCGUGAAUAGGGCUGCUGUCAAAAUGGCCAAUCUCGACGCUCUGUUUGGAUUUACUACCGAAUUGAUCUCUCCAAACAGACCGUUCAGAUUCGCCGAUGUUUGUGCUGGGCCUGGUGGAUUCACAGAAUACUUGUUGUGGAGGCUCCCACCAGCUUCUGUUGAUGUUCGAGGAUUUGGAAUCACUUUGCGCGAUGACACAGACUUUACUCUGGAGCAGUUUGCACCUGAAUCUCAAGCUCAACAACGAUUCGAACCUAUAUAUGGGCCAGAUGACACUGGUGAUAUCUGCAAGCCAGGAAAUAUGCGUCACUUUACCCUUCAUGUUGAUAAAGCAACGGGUGGUGCUGGAGUGGACAUGGUUAUGGCUGACGGAGCAUUCAGUGUGGCAGGUGAUGAAAUAUUCCAAGAAGUUCACUGUGGCCGUUUACUGAUGUGUGAAGUUGCCAUCAUGUUCUCGAUUUUGAGAAAAGGUGGAUAUUACAUGACAAAAGUGUUUGACACUACUACACCCUUUACUGCUGGAUUGCUAUAUAUUCUUCAUUACUACUUUGAAAGGAUAUGCAUCAUCAAGCCAUAUAGCAGUCGUCCUGGAAACUCUGAAAGAUUCGUGGUCUGCAAAGGCUUGAAAGAGCGACGACCAGUACUAGCUAUCAAUCACUUACUCAAAGUCAAUCGGCGUAUGAUUGAAUUAUCUGCAGCACAAGACUCGUCAACAUCCGAUUCAAAUUUUACAGUAUACAAGGAUCAAAUUGAAUUAGGAUUUGAACAUGUGUCCCAGCUGGUUGAUUCGGAUGUGCUUGUCAAGGAUAAGCCAUUUAUGGACUACCUGGAGGGAAGAAAUGACAUGAUUGCAACGAAACAAGCCAAAGCACUUGAAGAGCUCAUCAAAUAUGCAGGUGAUCCUUCACAACCUGGGUAUGAUCAAUUGGAGAUUCGUAAAAGGUGUCUUGCAGAAUGGAAGCUGCCCUUCACGGAAUGUCAACCUCGGCAACCUUUUACACCAUCACCUAUAAAUCGAGACCACCUGCUGUAUAGGACACCAUCACCUGCUGAUCUAGAUAAAGAUUGGCGUGAUCGUAGUCCUUCCAAGACACCUACAAAGGAUCCCAUACGAGCUUUUUCCUCAUCACCAUCCCUUGAGAAUCUAGUCGGGUGGAUGGCAAGGCGUGGAAGUCGUGAAAGUAUUGCAAGUCAAGGAAGUCAAGGAAGAGGAGUCGAUUCUCCCUUGAAUUGGCGUGGAAGUCGUGAAAGUACUGGAAGUCAAGGAAGCCAAGACGGAGUCGAUUCUCCUUUGAACGGGAGAGAUCGACUGUGA